UAUUUCCUCCCAAAGGCGUCUGACACUUGAAGGGACUGACACAAGUUGGCAUGGAUCAACUGAGGGGUGCGUCAGUUUUUAAACACACCCUUUUCUAAUGCAAAUACUGUCAGACUGCACUCGCCUGUCAACGACCUCAAAGGCAGCAAACGCAGAAGACUAGCCUAUCACAUCAGUUGUAAAGAGGUUCUUUUAUUAGCAGUCUGAGCAGUCAAACCGUUUCAGAGUGUACAUGUCCACACCCACGGACCCAUCUGGUGGAAUGUCCCGUCCUGGACCAUCCCCAGGCCCAGGUCUGUCCCCGGGUCCCAUCCUGGGAUCCAGCCCUGGUCCAGGCCCCUCUCCUGGGUCGGUGCACAGCAUGAUGGGCCCUAGCCCGGGGCCUCCCAGUGGACCCCACAGCAUGCAGAGCCAGGGGCCCGGAGAUUACUCUCAGGAAGGCAUGCAUCAGAUGCAUAAGCCCAUGGAGGGCAUGCUGGAGAAGGUGCCCAUGACAGACGAGAUGCACUUUGGCCAGAUGAAGAACGUGGGGAUGAGGACUCUGCACAGUGGCAUGGGUCCGCCCCAGAGCCCCAUGGAGCAGCACAGCCAAGGGUACAUAUCCCCUCACCCCUCCCCCAUGGGUGUCCCCGAGCAUGCCCCCAGCCCCAUGUCCAACGUGGGCCCCACCGCUCCCCAGAUGCCCCCUGCUCAGCCGGGCCCCAUGAUGCCCAUGGACCCGCAGGCGAUGGGGCAGCCGGGCCGCGGUCCGUCCUCCUUCAGCCCUGUCCAGCUGCAGCAGCUCCGUGCCCAGAUCCUGGCCUACAAGAUCCUGGGCCGCGGGCAGCCACUGCCCGAAAACCUGCAGCUGGCCGUGCAGGGCAAGAGGAGCCUGCCCACCAUGCAGCAGCCGUCAGUCAACACUGGGCCCUACAGCCGGCCACCAGGUAUGCCGAUGCCUCCUAUUAGCGGACCUACCCCAGGGCCGUGCCCAACGCCUGCCAUGCAAGGACACGCUCAAAGUCCCGCGCCAAAACCCUGGACGGAGGGCCAGAGUGCUGGCGAGCCGUCCGCCACCCCGCAGAAGCACCCGAUGCCCACCCCCAGCGGUCGCCCGUCGCCAGCUCCGCCUGGCGCCCAGCAGAUGCCCCAGCCCAUGGCCGGCCCCUUGGGAGGACAACAGCAGCAGCAGCAGCACCCGCAUCAGCACCAGCACCAGCACCAGCAUCAGCAUCAGCACCCCCAACCGCAGCCGCCGCAGCUGCCCCACCAGCCCUCCACCCAGCAGCAGCAGCAGCAGCAUCAGCAGCAUCAGCAUCAGCAGCAGGCCCUCCAGCAGCAGCAGCAGCAGCAGCAGCAGCAGGCCGGGCAGCCCUCGCUCAUCAUCCAGCUGCAGCAGAAGCAGAACCGCAUCACGCCCAUCCAGAAGCCCCAGGGGCUGGACCCUGUGGAGAUCCUGCAGGAGCGCGAGUACAGGCUGCAGGCCAGGAUUGCUCACCGCAUCCAGGAGCUGGAGAACCUGCCGGGCUCUCUGCCUCCGGACCUGCGCACCAAAGCAACAGUGGAGCUCAAGGCCCUCAGGCUGCUCAACUUCCAGCGCCAGCUGAGGCAGGACGUGGUGGCGUGCAUGCGGCGGGACACCACUCUGGAGACGGCGCUCAACUCCAAGGCCUACAAGCGCAGCAAGAGGCAGACGCUGAGGGAGGCGCGCAUGACCGAGAAGCUGGAGAAGCAGCAGAAGAUCGAGCUGGAGAGGAAGCGCCGGCAGAAGCACCAGGAGUAUUUGAACAGCAUUCUGCAGCAUGCCAAGGACUUCAAAGAAUACCACAGGUCCAUUUCCGGAAAGAUCCAGAAGCUGUCCAAGGCCGUGGCCACAUGGCACACCAACACGGAGCGCGAGCAGAAGAAGGAGACGGAGCGGAUCGAGAAGGAGAGGAUGAGGAGGCUGAUGGCGGAGGAUGAGGAGGGCUACCGGAAGCUGAUCGACCAGAAGAAGGACAAGCGCCUGGCCUACCUGCUGCAGCAGACGGACGAGUAUGUGGCCAACCUCACCAGCCUGGUGUACGAGCACAAGGCCGCCCAGGCCGCCAAGGACAGGAAGAAGAAGAAGAAGAAGAAGAAGUUGCAGAAAUUGGAGGGUGACGUUGAAGGACUUGGAGCCAUCGGCCCAGAUGGAGAGCCAAUGGACGAGAGCAGUCAGAUGAGCGAGCUGCCCGUCAAGUUGAUCCAGACGGAGACGGGCAAAGUGCUGCAGGGCACCGACGCCCCCAAGUCCAGUCAGCUGGAGGCCUGGCUGGAGAUGAAUCCGGGCUAUGAAGUGGCCCCGCGCUCCGACAGCGAGGAGAGCGGCUCCGAGUUUGAGGAAGAGGACGAGGACGAGGCCAUAUCACACCCGGACGCGGAAGAGAAGAAAUCCGCCAACCUCGAAAGCGAGAAGCCCGCCGAGCACAUCAUCGAGUCGGCCAAACAGGACGUGGACGACGAGUACAGCGCGGAGGCGGGCUCCGAGAGCCUCCACUCCUACUACGGCGUGGCGCACGCCGUCAUCGAGAGGGUGGAGAAGCAGUCCUCCCUGCUGAUCAACGGCAGCCUGAAGCACUACCAGGUCCAGGGCCUGGAGUGGAUGGUGUCCCUGUACAACAACAACCUGAACGGCAUCCUGGCCGACGAGAUGGGCCUGGGCAAGACCAUCCAGACCAUCGCCCUCAUCACCUACCUGAUGGAGCACAAGAGGCUCAACGGGCCCUACCUGAUCAUCGUGCCUCUCUCAACUCUCUCCAACUGGGUGUAUGAGCUCGACAAGUGGGCGCCCUCCAUCGUCAAAGUCGCAUACAAGGGCACGCCGGGCAUGCGGCGGUCGCUGUUGCCUCAGCUGCGCAGCGGCAAGUUCAACGUGCUCAUCACCACCUACGAGUACAUCAUCAAGGACAAGCACAUCCUGGCCAAGAUCCGCUGGAAGUACAUGAUCGUGGACGAGGGCCACCGCAUGAAGAACCACCACUGCAAGCUGACGCAGGUGCUCAACACGCACUACGUGGCGCCGCGCCGCCUCCUGCUCACGGGCACGCCGCUGCAGAACAAGCUGCCCGAGCUGUGGGCGCUGCUCAACUUCCUGCUGCCCACCAUCUUCAAGAGCUGCAGCACCUUCGAGCAGUGGUUCAACGCGCCCUUCGCCAUGACCGGAGAACGGGUGGAUCUGAAUGAAGAGGAGACCAUUCUGAUCAUUCGCCGUCUGCACAAGGUGCUCCGCCCCUUCCUGCUGCGCCGCCUGAAGAAGGAAGUGGAAUCUCAACUUCCUGAGAAGGUGGAGUACGUCAUCAAAUGUGACAUGUCGGCCAUCCAGAAGGUUCUGUAUCGCCACAUGCAGGGCAGGGGCAUCCUGCUGACCGACGGCUCCGAGAAGGACAAGAAGGGCAAAGGAGGCGCGAAAACCUUGAUGAACACCAUCAUGCAGCUGAAGAAGAUCUGCAAUCAUCCUUACAUGUUCCAGCACAUAGAGGAGUCCUUCGCAGAGCACUUGGGCUUUGGGAAUGCCAUCAUCAGUGGUCCAGAGCUGUACCGUGCGUCUGGUAAGUUUGAGCUGCUGGACCGCAUCCUGCCCAAGCUGCUGGCCACCAACCACCGCGUGCUGCUCUUCUGCCAGAUGACCACCCUCAUGACCAUCAUGGAGGACUACUUCAGCUACCGCAACUUCAAGUACUUGCGCCUGGACGGGACCACCAAGUCGGAGGACCGCGCGUUGCUGCUGAAGCAGUUCAAUGAGCCGGGCUCGCAGUACUUCAUCUUCCUGCUGAGCACGCGCGCCGGGGGGCUGGGCCUCAACCUGCAGGCCGCCGACACCGUGGUCAUCUUCGACAGCGACUGGAACCCCCACCAGGAUCUGCAGGCGCAGGACCGCGCUCACCGCAUCGGUCAGCAGAACGAGGUGCGCGUGCUGCGCCUCUGCACGGUCAACAGCGUGGAGGAGAAGAUCCUGGCCGCCGCCAAGUACAAGCUCAACGUGGACCAGAAGGUCAUCCAGGCUGGCAUGUUCGACCAGAAGUCGUCCAGCCACGAGCGCCGCGCCUUCCUGCAGGCCAUCCUGGAGCACGAGGAGCAGAACGAGGAGGAAGAUGAGGUCCCAGAUGACGAGACCCUGAACCAGAUGAUCGCCAGGAUCGAGGACGAGUUUGAGCUCUUCAUGCGCAUGGACCUGGACCGGAGGCGCGAGGACGCCCGCAACCCCAAGCGCAAGCCGCGGCUGAUGGAGGAGGACGAGCUGCCCUCCUGGAUCCUGAAGGACGACGCCGAGGUGGAGCGGCUCACCUGCGAGGAGGAGGAGGAGAAGAUGUUCGGCCGCGGCUCGCGCUCCCGCCGCGACGUGGACUACAGCGACGCGCUGACGGAGAAGCAGUGGCUGAGGGCCAUCGAGGACGGGAACCUGGAGGAGAUGGAGGAGGAGAUCCGACUGAAGAAGCGCAAGCGGCGGCGGCACAGCGACAAGGAGGGGCGGCGCGAGAGCGGCGAGAAGGCCAAGAAGAAGCGCGGCCGCCCGCCCGCCGAGAAGCUCUCGCCCAACCCGCCCAAGCUCACCAAGCAGAUGACCGCCAUCGUGGACACGGUCAUCAACUACAGGGACAGCUCCGGCAGACAGCUCAGUGAGGUCUUUGUGCAGCUGCCCUCACGCAAGGAGCUCCCUGAAUACUAUGAGCUGAUAAGAAGACCCGUGGACUUCAAGAAGAUCAAGGAGCGCGUGCGGAGUCACAAGUAUAGGAGCGUGAGUGACCUGGAGAAGGACGUCAUGCUGCUCUGUCUCAACGCCCAGACAUUCAACUUGGAGGGCUCACAGAUCCAUGAGGACUCCAUUGUGCUCCAGUCCGUGUUCAAGAGCGCCCGGCAGAAGAUUGCGAAGGAGGAGGAGAGCGAAGAUGACAACGACGACGACGACGACGACGAGGAGGAGUCCGAGACCGAGUCCAAGUCAGUGAGGGUGAAGAUCAAGCUGAGCAAAAGAGAAGAGCGCAGUCACGACAAAGGGAAGAAGAGGCAGAGCCGCAACAAGGCCAAGCCUGUGGUCAGCGAUGAGGACAGCGACGAUGACCCAGACGAUAAGGAGCAGUCGGAAGGAAGCAAGAGUGAGGACGAGUGAGGACGUCGGCAGCUGAUGCCCGACCCCUCCGACCCCCAUCUGCUUCAGUCCCGACAUCAUCUGUUCAUCCUUUUUUUCUCUCUUCUCUUCUUUCACCUGGAGUGUCCAUUUAUUUCUCACCACUAAGCUCGUGUUUUUUUUUCUUUUUUUUUCGGUUUUGUUUUUUGUUUUCCCCCCGUCUCCUGCUUGAGUCGAAGGCCUGAAACCCCACGUGAACUUAACAUGCACACCUCAUGUCAGCAACUUCUGAGCUGUGCUGUGUCUGGCAAAAGGAGAUUACUAUCCACAGAGGCACAGGCUGAUAUUAGUCCUGUGUUCUUCAGGUGCUGGCAGACACAUUUAUUACUCAUACAGAACAUCUAUCUGUACAUAGUUCAGCUUUAUUAAAUAUUUACAAAAUUACAAAAAAAAGCUACUGCAAAGAUAAGGGUUUUAUGUGUGGUUUGAUAAAACGACGAAGAAAAAAAAUACAAAAUGGUUCAUUUACAGAUCUAUAUAUAUAUAUAUAUAUAUAUAUAUAUUAAAGAACAUUUUUUUUAAAAUAAAUGUAUCCUAGCAAUAUGUUACUGAGGCUUCAGCGAAAAAAAGAAAAAAACUGUGGAAAGACUUUGGCGCUUCACAGAGAGUCCCCUCUCAGGCCCCUGGAAGAGAUGUUUAAUCACAAGAUCGUACACCUGCAUUCAGUUUUCAUUUGGCAAGCCGCAGUCACAGCAUCUCAGCAUUCAGGGCGUUGGCAGCCGAAGGGCCAACUCCGCAGCGCUUCGGAUCAGAUGCUGGAAAAAUAAGACGAAACAGAUUUCUCUCCUCGUGUCUGAUAAGAUAUCAGCAAAAACCCCAGAUCUCAAUCGCUCACAGCACCUCACAGCUAUGGAUAUUUUUAUACUCGUGUUUUAAAGAAAAACAACAUUGUUUUUGUUGAAUGGCUGAUUGUUUUAAAUAGCUAUCCAUUAUUUGCCUUCAAAUGAAUAUAAUUAGCAGUAUUCUUCGAGCUAUGAUGGAAGCGUCCAUGACGGGUUUCUGCUCUGUACGUCUGAUCAUUACCUAGCCGUGUAAGUGAGCACUUACUCUCUUGCCUCAGUGUUUUGCUGGAUCUCAUGCAGUUUCGUUGCCAACUGUGUGUCUGCUCUUAUAUGACGCGUGUAUUUUGGAUGUGAGGCCCUUGCUUAUCAUCCCCCUGUACUACGUGAAAAUGGAUCCUGUCUUUGCUUUCUUUGCACAAUGUUGUCUUUGUGGUUGUAUCCCCAGGACCCAAAGCAAAUAAAUCUGUCUGAAAUUGA